AUGAUGAGAGAAGGUAACGGAUACAAUCCAAAGCUGAUCAUAGCGAAGAAACUGUAUCAGAGUGAUCUCGAUAGAGUCCAGACACGUCUCUCGAUGCCUUUAAACCAAGUAGUGACCUCAGAUUUUCUUACGGAGGAGGAAUCAAGAAUCAUAUACGAACAAUCGGUUUUGAAGAUUCGCAGAGAAGGUGUGCGUGUUGAUUUGGUUGAUCCUCUGUUAAACAAACAUGUCGUUGAUUUGAGGAAGUGGAAGAUGAGUGGAAGCUGGAACUACGUCUUUGUUGAUAGUUGGAACGAUGUAGUUGCCAAGAACACGUUUAAAGUCCACGAUGUCUUUCAUGUCUGGUCUUUUCGAUCCGGUAGAGGAAAGCUCUGUUUUGUUCUCGUCCCUCCUCCUCCGACCAGAAAUUCCGGCCAAGGUGGUGGCUCUACUUCCGGUGAGUCUGGCCAUGGAUGCUCUUCUCUUGCUUGA